AUGAAACGCUGGAUGCAGCAUAUUAUGCCACCGGGAACAAAAUGCAUGUGCAUCGUUGCUAUCGUCGUUCAUCUAGACUUCCAAUCCCGCGGCAUAGGGACUGCCCUGGUUAGAGAGGGUACUAACCAAGCUGAUCAGGAUGAAGUGCUUUGUUGGGUGCAGAGUUCGGAGGCUGGGAGACGAUGUUUUGAGAAUGAGGGGUUUGAGGAGAAGGAGAGGUUGGAGGUGGAUCUGGAUAAGUUUGCGAGGGGACUUGAAGGCUUGGAGGAGCGGGAUGCAGAGAGAAAAUGGGGAACGCAUGUGUGGAAGUAUAUGGUGAAGUUUCCGCGACAGGUGGAUUAG